AUGUCCUUUCAGCCGUCUGAAAAGGUCUCCAUCGAGGAACAUCCGCGGCCAAGUGCUCUCAGCAGUUCAUGGUCAUCAUCGAUCGCUUUCUUUUCUCGGCGAGUUGGCAACCUUUGCACCGUGGUCCUCAUUCCGGCAAUCUUUCGUGAUGCGUUCUGGCGACCGUGCUGCGACUUCGAAUCAUGGCGGCAGAAGCAGAGCCGAAGGCGCCGCCAAGCGCAAAAGAGCAGAAGACGUUUCUCAAGCAAUGGACGUCGUCAAGGAGCAUCUCUUCCCCAUGGCUGCUUCCUUCAACGCGUGGACGCAUGUCACGGAUGUCACCGCAGUUCAAUGUCCUUUCAGCCAUCUGAAAUGGUCUCCAUCGAGGAACAUCCGUGUCCAAGUGCUCUCAGCAGUUCAUGGUCAUCGUCGAUCGCUUUCUUUUCUCAUUGUCAGCGCGAUUUGGCAACCUCUGCACCAUGGUCCUCAUUCCUGCAAUCUUUCGUGAUGCGUUCUGUGACUUCGAAUCAUGGCGGCAGAAGCAGAGCCGAAGGUCCUGCCAUGCGCAGGGAAGACGUUUCUCAGGCAAUGGAUGUCGUCAAGGAGCAUCUCUUCCCCGUGGCUGCUUCCUUCAACGCGUGGACGCAUGUCACGGAUGUCACCGCGGUUCAAUGUCCUUUCAGCCGUCUGAAAAGGGCGAGUUGGCAACCUUUGCACCAUGGUCCUCAUUCCUGCAAUCUUUCGUGA